AUGGCCGAGCGGAGCCUGGCCCGGGACCUCCAGGAGGAGGCCACCUGCCCCAUCUGCCUCGACCUCUUCUGUGAGCCCGUGUCGCUCGGCUGCGGCCACAACUUCUGCCGCGCCUGCGUCGACAGCAGCCGGGGCGUCGGGGACGCGCCCUUCCCAUGCCCCGAAUGCCGCGAGCCCUGCGCGCCCCGAAGCCUGCGGCCCAACCGGCCGCUCGGGAGGGUGGCCGCUGCUCUUGGGCGCCUUGGGCCGGCGCAGGGCCCCGGGGGACAGUGCGACCUGUGCACUGAGCACCUGGAGCCGCUGAAGCUCUUCUGCCAGGAUGACCACAGCCCUAUCUGCGUGGUGUGCGACCGCUCCCGGGAGCAUCGAGAUCACCGCGUGGCGCCCCUGGAAGAGGUGGCGCAGACCUACCGGGUGAAGGUACAGGAGUGCAAGCAGAUGACAAUCUCAGAGUUUGAGAAGUUCCGGAAGCUCCUGGCUGAGGAGGAACUGCAGGUCCUGGAGAAACUGGAGGAAGAGGAAGUGGCAAUGAUGCAGGUGCUGAGGCAGGAGGAGCACACCCUGACUGGGCAGAGCCAUGCCGUGGAGGAGCUUAUCUCUGAGCUGGAGGGGCGCAGUAAGCUCCCUGCCUUGGGGCUGCUCCAGGGUCUAGGCGAGAUUCUGAGCAGGGUUAAACAUCUGGAGCUACAUCCCCCAAAGCCCAUUUCCAUGGACAUAAAGACUGUGUGCAGAGUUCCAGGGCUGAUGGAGACACUGCGGAGAUUCCAGGUGGUGGUGACCCUGGACCCUGAGAGUGCGCAUCCUCGCCUGACCUUGUCCGAGGACCGGAGGGCUGUGUUGCAGGCCCAGCCCUGGCAUGGCCAACCUUGUGCAGAGUUGCUGUUCAGGAGCUUCCCGAGUGUGCUAGGGUCUGAGCACCUGUCUGCUGGCAGACACUAUUGGGAGGUGGAGGUGACAGAUGGAAGAAGCUGGUUCCUUGGGGUAUGUAAAGAGGAUGCCAACAGGAAGAACUCUUCCACCUGGACCCCUGACCAUGGGUUCUGGACCAAGGGGGACCUUAUUCCUGCAGGUGCCUUCAGCUCCCAGAAAAUGCCCCAUCCCCGUGUUGGGGUUUUCCUAGACUAUGAAGCUGGGGAACUUUCCUUCUACAACGUGAAUGAAGAAUCCCACAUCUACACCUUCCCUCGGGCUUGCUUCCCUGGGCCCCUGAGGCCCAUUUUCAUCGUACGGUCCUGGUGUCAGACCUGUCUGACCAUUUGUCCAAAGCAAGAAAACAGCACCAAAGAUGUACCCCCUGCUGGUGGAGGGAAGCCUUUGGAGGCAUCUCUGGGGGUCUCCUCAAAGCCCUCUCUGUUUGUGUUUGGAAAUGCCUCUGCCUGA